CUACCAUAAAUCACUGCCUCUUGUUUUGGUAGCACUGCAAUUUGACAGUUAAGGGUUACAUUUUUUAUUAAUUCAAAUGUGUUGGUUUUUUUUGCGUUUUAUAUGUUAAAAUGUCGUUUAAAACAAGGAAUAGUGUUAGAAAUAAAGACUUGGUCGAUAAAAUAUUAGAACAAGGUCAACGAUUAAGGAAUUCCAUGGUUCAAAGUAUAUUAAAUAAUGAUCCCUUAUAUGUUGAUAGUAAUAAGCACUAUAAUACGCCUGUGAGCUCUGUAGAACUCCAUAAGCAUGUAGAUACGAGUCAAUUUGACGAUAAAAAACUUGAAUCUUUUUUAAAAGGCGAUUAUUUGUCCAGGGAAGAUGAAAAGAUAGCUUUAGACACAUUCCGAUCUAUGUCUGAUGUUGACCUGUGUAAAACAACAGAAAGAAUGUACAGUGCGAACAGCAGAACAUGUAGUUGCUCUACGUGCAGAGACUACCACUCAAAAGACUUAAAUUGUGAUAUUAAACGUUCUAAAAGUGAUAAAAACAUAUCAAUUAGAUAUGAAAACGAAAAGUAUUUUAAAUUUGUUGAUUCUUUAAAAGUUACUGUGCAUAGUUUAGUUUUAAAUGGGGCUGGUUCCAGAAAAAUAUGUGAUAAAAAUGUGCCUUUAGGGGAGACUUAUUUUUUAGAGUACAUUGUGCCUGAUUUACUGCAAAAAAAUGUCGGGUUUGUUAAAAGUAAGGUUAACAGUGGGUUAGAUACGAAUUCUGUGAGGAUAUGCGCCAAAAAAAUAUGUGGAGAAGGCAUUAAUUUUAAACAAACUACACUACACGAUAUUACAAACAUAGAAAAUAUAAACCUACACAAAUGCGAUUUAAAAUUCAAAAUAACGUACAAAAAUAACAAACAAAAAACAUCAGCGUUGCUUGGUUAUGCCAUUUUUCACUUCAAUUGUUUUGAAGUGUCAAAAAAUUUGACAUCUAGCCGAGGUUUAUCAAUUAUUUUAAACGAAAAAACGCCAAUUGUUUUGGGUAUUUUAAAGGUAUCAUUGCAAUUAGGUUGUGGAAGAUUAUAUUUUGGAAAAGAAUUUAUAGACGCCAUUAAUGAUGUUAAUUCUUUAAAUUUGGAUAGUGAUGAUUCAGAAAAAUCGAUUAAUAGGUUGGAUUAUAGUAAAGAUUAUGUACAAGCUGAAAAAACAAAUAUAAAUUGUAGAGAAAUUUACAAAAAACCUAAAACACCAGUUAAAAAUGUCAGUAUUUUCGUAAAUAGGCAAAAAGCAUUGGAUAAGUUAACUAAACCACCUCAAAAAUCACCAUACUUAAAAAAAGACGACAACGUGUUAAAAUCAAACAACUUAAAUAUCAUAAAUACUAAAAACAGCAUAGAACUACCCAUAUCAAAACAAGAGAAAACAAUCCUCUUUGGUUUUCUCUAUAUCGCCGAGGCUCAAUAUUUGACAGGUCCUCUGACGUCAUACAUAACCUGUCAACCGUUCUGUCAAAAUGAAACGUCAAACAGCAGGUUAGCCGUCCAAACGUCAAACCCGGUGUUUAAUUUUUGUCAGACGAUUCCACUAGUUUUCAACGACGACCUCCUACUAAAAUUAAGGGAAAAUUAUACUCUGGUAGAAUUUUUCAGGAGAUUUGAACAACAAGAUUCUGUUUUUGGCCUAACUAAAAUUCCUUUACAGCAAUUUUUCAUCGCCUAUAGAAAUCCCGUCAUAAUAAAAUAUUUGGAGAAAAACAAGUUUCCUGUAAUAGGCACUGAUUGGUGGGAACCCAUACUUCACCAUUCUACUGAGGAAGUUAUAGGGCAGGUGCAAAUUUUGAUAGCUCUAGGUACAGAGGGGCAAAUAAAAAAUUUGGAGGUUGAACGGGGGUUUAAAAAUGAUGUCGUUAAAGCUAAACUAAGUUUGCCGGAGUUGACUAUUAAAAAACCCAGGGAUAUAUCCGUACAAACUUCAAGGAAUAUUGCGUUUGGGAGUUAUAGGGAUUUUUUGAGGAACAAUCAAGUUUCUGAAGUUAGGACUUUUAGUACUACUUUUAGAGAGCAAAGUACGAAUACAUCAGUGCAAAAUACACCUAGAUUAACUAAAAUAACACCCAAAAAGUAUAGGGAAGAAUCUACAAAUACUAGUUAUCCAAAUUCACCUAGGAAAACUGCAAAAGAAACAACAGAAGUUGGAACUCAAUCUGAUACAAUGGACAAGGAAGAUAUCAACAGUAAACUCCCGGAAAUGCUUGAAGGUUUCUUCAAACAAAUGAGGUUAGCCAAUACAAAUGCACCACCGGAAGUUAACCCCACCACAACCAACGGUAACGCCCCUCCACUGGCGUCCACAAAUCAAAAUCCUGAGAUUCGUAAAACCUCAGAUUUACUGAGUUCAUUGCAAAAGGUUUUAAACGAACCACCCUGUAGCACCUUCAGAGCGCAUAUUAACAUACAGGGCGCUCUUCAUCUACCCGCCAGAAAAAAAUGCCGAUCCAAACGGUCAAAAUGCAAAAAUGACGAUAAUAUUUUGCCUAGUACAUAUGUAACUUUCGAGGGUCGAAACGAGAAGGAUUUGAAAAUAACUCACGUCGUUUUAAAAUCAUCCAGCCCCACCUGGAACUACAAUUGCGACGUUGUCUUAUCCAGCGAUCUAUUGGUUAACUGCCAAAAACGUCUAAUAUUUAAAGUUUGGCGGAAAAGUACCAACACCAAUUCGGCGCCCAACAUGCAGUCAGAUUUGGUGCUCGGUUUUGCCGCUCUAGAUUUGACAGUUCUCUUGGCAGGGUUGCCAAAUGUACAGGGGUGGUUUAACAUAGUUGAUUUUACGGGAAAAUGCAACGGUCAAAUAAACAUACAUGUCAAUCCCCUGGAAAACUUGUCGAGGUUCCAACAAGGCUCCUCAUCAUCCACAGAGGCUCUAAACGAUUUUGACUUAUUCAGUUCGCUGACAAACGACAAUAAUACUCAGGGGGACACCCUUAGUAGAGCGGUGAAGCGUAAAUUCACCGAAUUGGAGGAAAUAACGCGUCGGUUAAGAUCCAGACUGUCCACAGUCACAAACGAUGAAUCCGAUACAUCCAAUGAUGAUGUAGCAGAUGAGUUUGAAAAUGACAUCAACACUUUGUGCGUGGAAGACGACUUCGACUUGAUCAAUUUCGAAGAAGAAGCCACUAAAUUCAGUUUAAACAGAAAUAGUAAAGAUAGCAAAGAAGAAUCAACGCUUUCUUUUGCUUCUUCCAACGCGGAAAAUCCUUCUUCAUUGGAUCGGGAUUUGGAUCAAGGCAAGCAAAAAAUCGACAAUCUACUGCAAAAGAUGUCGUUGCUAACCGGCGAUGCCACAUUUCAAAACCGAUAUGUUUCUGGGUGUUCAACUACUAAUGACAAUAAUACUAAUUCAGAUACUGAGUUUCUUCUUAGAGAUUUGCCGAAGCUAAGUAACGUCUCAUCAUCUGAUUUGGAUACGUUUUCAAGUAAUACAAGCACUGAUCUAAGAACUGUGCCUGAUGGGCAAUUUACUAAAAACCCCGAAUAGUUUUAAGCAAUUUAAAGCAUAAUUUUUAAGUCC